UGCUGUGUUAUCAACCAAUCAGCAAACGAGAUUUGCAGCACAGGACGUGUCGCGGUACGUAAACCUCUGUGGUUACGUUACGUACGUCCAAGAAAGCAGGAAGUGUGAUGUGGCUUUGACUCACAACAAAAAUGUCAGCCAUUUUCAACUUCCAGUCACUGUUAACAGUGAUUCUCCUCCUGAUCUGCACAUGUGCCUACAUCAGAGCGCUGGCUCCCAGCCUGCUAGACAAGAAUAAAACCGGGAUUCUUGGAAUUUUCUGGAAGUGUGCCAGAAUAGGUGAGCGGAAGAGUCCCUGGGUGGCUUGCUGCUGCGUCGUCAUGGCUUUUAGUAUACUGUUUCAACAGUAGCGGACCGAAGAAAACCGUGAAUGGAAACAUUGGGGAAAAGAACGGACAACAAGGCAUGAACAGUACAAUCCUCGAAGCACAACAGGACCUCCAGUGGUUGUCAUUUAGAUAAUGUAAAAAUGGAGACCUGUCACCACUCGCCGUAGCCACGGAGAGAGAAAAUGUGUCAGGGGGAGGGAUGAGCUGAUAGCCCCGGAGUGUGUCUAGAUCCCUCCACGGACUUCAGGGUCUGUCCUUGUGUUUGCUUAUGUGGAAUGUUUACUCCAGAUGUGUGUGGGGGUGGGGUUUUUUCUGUUAUCUGCCAUUUAGUUUAAAAGGCAGAAGUCACAAUCUUGGUGGGAUCAAAAUUGUACAUUGUUUGUCCAAACAUUUCAAGCUGAUGUGUUUUUCCCCUGCGUGUUUGUCACGGUUGCAUCAACCAGUUUGAAAUUCUCCGCAAAAAGAACCUUCAUAACUCAUGUGAUUCACAUGGAGGCGUAUAUUUGUAAACUGAGUUACGAGGUGUGACUUUAAAUCAUCCUCACACCUUCUCUGUUGUAUCUACAGAUAAUGAUAUUCCACAGCAAACAACAUGGUAGAGUAGCUCUCCAGAUGGCUAAUUGUCCUGCAUAUUUGCCUCCAAAGAGCUACAAAGAUUUUAAAGUCAGUCAGUUUGCUCCUAUUUAUUAAAGAACCUUUUUGGAAA